UACAGCAGUUCAGGCUGUGUGGUUCGCAGGAAGCAUACAUUGGCUUUUUGGGUUUUUCGAGUUCCCAGCCCACAGUUGGGCAGGAUCUAACAGUAGCCUUCAGUUGAAGCGAGACCCAAGGACAGUAAGAAGCUGGGUCCUAAUCCGGAGUCCUGCCAGCCUGACAUGGGCCUCCUUGAAUCUUUGUGGCUCCCACUGUCUCCCCAGCCUCCUUUGUGAAUAAGUCUUAGCUGGCGCCCCGUGCCGGCAAAAAGAGCUCUUCAAGUACUCCAGUUCAGACCCACCGCAGUCCCCAACUGCGCCAUAGAAGUUUCUGUCUUUUCCUGCAUCUGGGAUCCUUCCUGGUUCUGGCCCCUAGGAGACGCCACCCGCCGUCCCCUCCCCCAGCGGAGCCUUCGCGACAGCCGUCCCUGAGCGCUCGUCCUCACCCGGGUGGCUCCUGCCCCUUUAAGCGCCACCCCCCCUCGCCGCCGCCAGCCUCGGGCUGGGGGAGGAGGCGCCGCCGCCCGGCUCGGCCACCUGCGCCGCCGCCGCCGCCUGGCCCGGCCCUGCUUCAGGCUAGAUUCAGAUCUUGACUGUGUGGAGCCAGAGCCAAGUCUCCUUUCCCCAUGUGCAGGAUUCUCUCCAACGACCAAGGUCCUGCAGAUGACACCAGGAAAGCAGUGAUCCAGGCAGGACCAGGUUGUCCCUACAGGACAUAGAAAUGGAGGCAAACGACCAUUUUCACUUUACUGGCCUUCCUCCUGCACCAGCUGCCUCAGGACUGAAACCCUCUCCUUCCUCGGGGGAGGGCCUCCACACUAACGGGUCUCCCAUGGACUUCCCCCAGCAAGGGAGAAGUUUGAAUGGGGAUGUGAAUGUUAAUGGCUUAUCUACUGUAUCUCACACUACUACUUCAGGGAUUUUGAACUCUGCUCCCCACUCCUCUAGCACCUCACACCUCCAUCACCCUAACGUGGCCUACGACUGUCUUUGGAACUACUCACAGUACCCAUCUGCCAAUCCUGGCAACAACCUCAAGGACCCACCCCUUCUUUCUCAGUUCCCUGGGGGACAAUACCCGCUCAAUGGUAUCCUUGGGGGCAAUCGACAACCUUCAUCCCCAAGUCACAACACUAAUCUUCGAGCUGGGAGCCAAGAGUUCUGGGCCAAUGGUACCCAGAGUCCCAUGGGGCUUAACUUCGAUUCUCAGGAACUGUAUGAUACUUUUCCUGAUCAGAAUUUUGAGGUGAUGCCCAAUGGACCCCCAAGUUUUUUCACCUCCCCUCAGACUUCUCCAAUGUUGGGGUCUAGUAUCCAGACCUUUGCACCUUCCCAGGAUGUAAGCAGUGACAUCCAUCCUGAUGAGGCAGCAGAAAAGGAGCUGACCUCAGUUGUGGCAGAAAAUGGCACUGGCUUGGUAGGCAGCCUGGAGCUGGAGGAAGAGCAGCCAGAACUAAAGAUGUGUGGCUACAAUGGUUCUGUCUCCUCUGUGGAGUCUUUACACCAAGAAGUCUCCGUCCUAGUCCCCGAUCCCACAGUGAGCUGUCUAGAUGAUCCUUCACAUCUUCCUGAUCAACUGGAAGACACUCCAAUCCUCAGUGAAGACUCCCUGGAGCCCUUUGACUCUCUGGCAGCAGCAGAGCCAGUGAGUGGCAGUCUUUAUGGUAUAGAUGAUGCAGCGCUGAUGGGUGCAGAAGACAAGCUGCCUCUGGAGGGCAACCCUGUGAUCUCUGCCCUCGAUUGCCCUACUCUCAGUAAUGCUAAUGCCUUCAGUCUCCUGGCAGAGGAUAGCCAGACAGCAGCCUCCAUCUUUGUCAGCCCUACCUCCCCUCCUGUCUUAGGGGAGUCUGUCUUGCAAGAUAACAGCUUUGGACUGCACAGUAGCAGUGACUCUGAACAGGAAGAAGUAGAGACCCGGUCUUCAAACUUCCAACGCCCCCUGACUGAGCCAGCCCCUGACCAGCCACCUCGUAUUCAGCUACAUCCAGCAGUUUUACCAACAGCCUCCCCAACAGUGUCUGCAGAAAUCUCUCCAGCCGUCUCUCCAGUAGCAUCCUCGCCUGUCCCUCCUGAAGUCUUUGUAGCGGUCUCUCCAGCUUCCUCACCUGCCCUGCCAGCCAUCUCUUUGGAAGCCUCUGUGACAACCCCAGUAGCUUCUCCUCAAGGUUCCCCUAAACCUUCUCCAGCAGCUGCCUUCCAGACUGUCUCCCCAGCAAGUAAAAAUGUCAGCAGUGCUCCUAAAGCGUGUGCUGAUCGAGAAGAGAUGACUGGAGGAGCAGUUGCAGUCUCUGGUAGUGGUGAUGUACUGAAGAGACGUAUUGCUACCCCAGAAGAAGUUCGUCUUCCCCUCCAGCAUGGGUGGCGAAGAGAAGUGCGCAUCAAGAAGGGCAGCCAUCGGUGGCAGGGGGAGACUUGGUAUUAUGGCCCCUGUGGGAAGAGAAUGAAGCAAUUUCCAGAAGUUAUCAAGUACCUGAGCCGAAAUGUGGUGCACAGUGUCCGCCGUGAGCACUUCAGCUUCAGUCCCCGAAUGCCUGUAGGAGAUUUCUUUGAAGAAAGAGAUACACCAGAGGGCUUGCAGUGGGUCCAGUUAUCAGCAGAGGAGAUUCCUUCCAGAAUUCAAGCAAUCACUGGCAAACGAGGCCGACCUCGAAACAAUGAGAAGGCUAAGAACAAGGAAGUUCCCAAAGUGAAGCGGGGCCGAGGUCGGCCUCCUAAGAUCAAAAUGCCUGAGCUGUUGAAUAAAACAGAUAACCGACUUCCAAAGAAACUGGAAACCCAAGAAAUACCGAGUGAGGAGGAUAAAACAAAGAUGACUAAAAGCAAAAAGAAGAUGAGGCAGAAGGUACAGCGGGGAGAGAGUCAGACUCCUGUUCAAGGGCAGGCCAGAAACAAGAGGAAGCAAGACACCAAGAGCUUAAAGCAGAAGGACACUAAGAAGAAAUUGAAGGCUGAGAAAGAGAAGAUGAAGACAAAGCAGGAAAAGCUGAAGGAAAAGGUAAAGCGAGAAAAGAAAGAAAAGGUAAAAGCAAAGGGAAAGGAAGAGCCCAGAGCCAGGCCAUCCUGUAGAGCAGACAAGACCCUUGCCACACAGAGGCGGCUAGAGGAGCAGCAGAGACAGCAGGCUAUCUUGGAGGAGAUGAAGAAGCCCACAGAGGAUAUGUGUCUGUCUGACCACCAGCCCCUGCCUGACUUCACACGCAUCCCUGGUCUGACACUGUCCAGUAGGGCUUUCUCAGAUUGCUUGAUCAUCGUGGAGUUCCUGCACAGUUUUGGCAAAGUGCUAGGCUUUGACCCUACCAAAGAUGUUCCUAGUCUAGGAGUCCUGCAGGAGGGACUCUUGUGUCAAGGUGACAGCUUGGACAAAGUGCAGGACCUGCUGGUGCGGCUCCUGAAGGCUGCACUCCAUGAUCCUGGUCUGCCCCCCUACUGUCAGUCAAUGAAGAUCUUGGGGGAGAAGAUGACAGAGAUCCCGUUGACCAGAGAUAAUGUGUCUGAGAUACUGCGCUGCUUCCUCAUGGCAUAUAGAGUGGAGCCAUCCUUCUGCGACAGUCUGCGUACCCAGCCUUUUCAGGCCCAGCCACCUCAACAGAAGGCUGCUAUUCUAGCCUUCCUUGUACAUGAGCUCAACGGCUCCACCAUUAUCAUCAAUGAGAUUGACAAGACUCUGGAGAGUAUGUCUACCUGCAGGAAAAACAAGUGGAUUGUUGAAGGCCGACUCCGGAGACUGAAAACUGCUCUGGCCAAGCGAACUGGGCGGCCGGAGGUUAUGAUGGAAGGGGCAGAAGACGGCAUAGGACGGAGGCGCAGUUCUCGGAUCAUGGAGGAAACCAGUGGCAUAGAAGAGGAGGGAGAGGAAGAAAAUACAGCAGCUGUCCAUGGCCGCAGGGGUCGAAAAGAAGGAGAGGUUGAUGUUGCAGCAUCUAGCAUUCCAGAGCUAGAGCGCCAUAUAGAAAAACUCAGUAAGCGUCAGCUCUUCUUUAGAAAAAAGCUGCUCCACUCAUCCCAGAUGCUUCGGGCAGUGUCCUUGGGUCAAGACCGCUAUAGACGCCAUUACUGGGUAUUACCAUGUCUUGCUGGUAUCUUUGUGGAAGGAUUGGAGGGGACCACAGUUACUGAAGAUGAAAUAAAGCAAGAAACUGAGUCCUUGAUGGAAGCAGUCACUUCAACACCCAGCUCUGCCCGAGCCUCUGUAAAGAGAGAAUUAACUGGCUCCAAUGCCUCUACUUCUCCUGCCCGUUCCCGAGGCCGACCUCGAAAACCUAAGCCUGGGUCUCUGCAGCCUCAGCACCUUCAGUCCACCAUUAGGGAAUGUGAUUCAGAGCAAGCCCAGACUCAAGCUCACCCAGAACCUCAGCCCCAGCCCCAGCCCCAGCCUCAGGCCCCUACCCAGCCCCACCUUCAGUCAAGUAGUGGGUUCUUAGAGCCAGAAGGUUCCCCUUUCUCUCUGGGUCAGAGCCAGCAUGACCUCAGCCAGUCUGCCUUCUUGUCUUGGCUGAGCCAGACUCAGAGCCACAACUCCCUGUUGAGUAGUUCAGUCCUCACGCCUGAUAGCAGCCCAGGAAAAUUAGACUCUGCUCCAUCUCAGUCCUUGGAGGAGCCAGAGCCUGAUGAUGCACAAUCCUGCCCUGGUCCUCAAGGCCCCUGGUUUCACUUCUCAGCCCAGAUACCCUGUGAUGCUGCUCCUACACCACCUCCUGCAGUUUCUGAGGACCAACCUACUCCCUCCCUCCAGCUGCUGGCCUCCUCUAAACCAAUGAAUACACCCGGUGCUGCCAAUCCGUGUUCCCCAGCACAGCUCUCUUCCAAUCACUUGCCUGGAGGGGCCCCUAAGAGGCUAUCAGGGGACUCCGAAGAAAUGUCACAGAGUCCCACAGGACUGGGACAACCAAAGCGGAGGGGGAGACCUCCUAGCAAGUUCUUCAAGCAGGUGGAGCAGCAAUUCUUAACCCAGCUGACAGCCCAGCCUAUCCCCCCUGAGAUGUGCUCGGGCUGGUGGUGGAUCCGAGACCCUGAGACACUGGAUGUCCUGCUCAAGGCACUGCAUCCCCGAGGCAUCCGGGAGAAGGCGCUUCACAAACAUCUUAGCAAGCACAAGGAUUUUUUGCAGGAAGUUUGUUUACAGCCCUUAACUGAUCCUAUCUUUGAGCCUAAUCAGCUCCCUGCCUUGGAAGAAGGAAUUACGAGCUGGUCCCCCAAAGAGAAGACUUACGAGACAGACUUGGCUGUGCUUCAGGGGGUGGAGGAGCUAGAGCAGCGGGUUGUCCUCUCCGAUCUGCAGAUCCGGGGCUGGACAUGCCCUACCCCAGACUCCACCAGAGAAGACUUGACCUACUGUGAGCAUCUGCCUGACUCCCCGGAGGAUAUCCUUUGGAGGGGUCGGGGCAGGGAAGGAACAGUACCUCAGCGGCAGAACACCAACCCUCUGGACCUCGCUGUAAUGCGAUUGGCUGUUCUGGAGCAAAAUGUGGAGCGGCGGUACUUGCGGGAGCCCCUCUGGGCAGCCCAUGAGGUGGUAGUGGAGAAGGCUCUACUGAGCACACCCAGUGGUGCCCCUGAUGGCACCUCGACUGAGAUAUCCUAUGAGAUCACCCCUCGUGUCCGAGUUUGGCGGCAGACACUUGAGAGGUGCCGUAGUGCAGCCCAAGUGUGCUUGUGCAUGGGCCAGCUGGAAAGGUCCAUCGCAUGGGAGAAGUCUGUCAACAAAGUGACCUGCCUGGUCUGCCGGAAGGGUGAUAAUGAUGAGUUUCUCCUGCUGUGUGAUGGGUGUGACCGAGGCUGCCACAUUUACUGUCAUCGGCCCAAGAUGGAGGCUGUUCCAGAAGGAGACUGGUUCUGUGCUGUCUGUCUGUCCCAGCAGGUAGAGGAAGAGUACACUCAGAGGCCUGGUUUUCCUAAACGAGGCCAGAAGCGGAAAAGUAGUUUCCCACUGACCUUGACAGAAGGUGACAGCCGGCGACGGAUGUUGUCAAGGAGCCGAGAUAGCCCAGCAGUGCCUCGGUACCCAGAAGAUGGGCUGUCUCCCCCCAAAAGACGGCGACAUUCGAUGAGAAGCCACCACAGUGAUCUCACAUUUUGCGAGAUUAUCCUGAUGGAGAUGGAGUCCCAUGAUGCAGCCUGGCCUUUCCUAGAGCCUGUAAACCCUCGCUUGGUGAGUGGAUACCGACGUAUCAUCAAGAACCCUAUGGAUUUUUCCACCAUGCGAGAACGCCUGCUCCGUGGAGGGUACACUAGCUCAGAGGAGUUUGCAGCUGAUGCCCUGCUGGUUUUUGACAACUGCCAGACCUUCAAUGAAGAUGACUCUGAAGUGGGCAAGGCUGGGCACGUCAUGCGCCGCUUCUUUGAGAGCCGCUGGGAGGAAUUUUAUCAGGGAAAACAGGCCAAUCUGUGAGGCAAGGAAGGUGGGAGUCACCUUGUGGCAUCUUCUCCAACCUUCCAAACAAAAACCUGCCGUUCUCACCUGCUGAUGGCUGCCCUGGGUGGACUCAAGUCAGACAAUGCUGACUCUUGACUCUGCCCUUGGCAGCACCCACAUCCUCUUGUUCCUAAUCCCUUUUCUCCCUUCCUCCUCUUGCUCCUCAAAUAAGAGAUGCAGAGAUGAGGUCCUUCUGGAUGGAAAGCCAAAAAAGAAAUAAUUUUCCUGUCCCCCCCCCACCCCCGAAUUAAAAUGGAGAGAGGCAAAGGAGUCCUCUCUCCCCUUCCCAGCUUCCUCCCCUCCCUGUCCAUGCCUCAGCAUCCUGGGGCUAUUUAACAAUAGCAAUAGUUCUAGUGAAUGUGUGAAACCGAGAAACACUCUGUACUGUGUGCGGACCCGCAGUGACGGCCAGUAAAGUGGACUUAACUCCCAAGUGUGUCGAGCCGGACACCGGGCCCUGAACAUGCUGCUUCCAUGUUCAGUUUCCUCCCUGCUUCUCACUUCCUCUCACUCAUUCUUUUCUAACUCCUCCCUAUUUUUAAGGUUUUGUCCCACCCAGUAAUGUAAAACUAUCGUGUACGGGUUUUUCCCUUCCCUCCCCAGUCUUUUUCCCUUAUGUGGAAAGCAAAGUGGAGAGCUCUCCUGUCUUCUGCCUCCCUUCUAGUUAACCCUCUAAGGUGUUGGCUCCUCCUCACAUGCUGAGUUUCUGUGAGUCUCUAGCCUUUUCUGAAGCUCGGUGGCUGGGGAGCGGGCAGGCGGGCAGUGCCCUAGGCCUUCCAGCCUCCUUCCCCUGCUUCCCAAACCUCCCUCUUGGGAACUCCUCAGGGACAACUACUGCUGAGUUUGAGUGCUCCUCCGAGAUGGGGGCCAGGUAGCAAUUGACUGGCCUCAGAGAGAGGAGGAGAGAGAGGUGGGUGUGUGUGUGUGUAUUGUGUGUGUGUGUUCGCACAGAUGAGAGUUGUGAUUGUGACCCUGUAGUGUGAUGGGAUUCAUUGUUCCCCACAUAUGAUUAUUCCCGCCUUCCCAUUGUUUCACACCAUCACCUUUUGUCUUUGGGAAAACACAAGAACAAGGGUUCUCUGGGGACAAGGCUGUCUCUCCUCAUGGUCAUUUCUUUUCCAGCCUCUUCAAACUGUGCAAUCUUUUCAGCAGGAACUCCCUCUUCUCUCACUGGCUUUGAGUUUUUGCUGGGAGAGGGGUAGAACUGGAUCUUUCCUAAACCCUGAGUAUCUGGGUGUAGCUGUGUUUUCCUUCCUUACACCUUCAUAUCCCAGGGCCCCCUUUCCUCCCCAGCAGCAGAGACCCUGGAGCACAGAAUGGGCAGAGAGGAGGAUUUGGGUCUACCACUGCCCUGUGUGAGACUGAGCCCAGGUUAGCCCCCAGCAUGAGGACAGCUGCUAACUCCAGGCUGUAGCCAUGGGCCACUGGCUCCUGCUUUCCUGCUCAGCCAAGCCCCUCCCAUCAGAAAUUACGGGUACUUGCACUGGGGAGGUGGCUGCUAGCUGACCUAAGCAGAGAGCCGAGGCAUCCGAGCAAUGUUCCAUGGGUGGGCAGAGGAUGCCAGGUGAGGGGCAGCAUUCCUUGUACUCCAGCAGUACUGAAGAGCGGGGCAGCACGGGUUCCUGGGCAGCCCUGACUCCUCGACCCACCCUCACUGCACUCCCUGUUGCCUAUUUCUAAAGUCGCCUUUUCUGUCGAUGAACCUCAAAACUUAAUUUUAUUUGAGAAUUUUUUUUCUUUAAAUAAGAGGUGGAUUGAAGAAUAUUUGAAUUGACUUUAUAUUAUGCAUAAAUAUUUAUAUUUUAUCUAAAUAACUGCGCUGUAACAAACUUUGUGUUAGAUGUUUGGAACUGUUCCCCCUGGCAUAAAGUGUACUGGAGUCAUUCGCUACUGGAGGUGAGGGAGGAGGGAGAGUGGAGCCUCCGCUCUGCUCUGUGCUCCUCUCCCAGCCCCACCUCUGCCCUUGGGACCAGGCACUCAGAAGGAGGAGGUCCCAGACUUGAUUUGUAGAAAUGGGGGCUGAAGGGAUUGUGGGGCAGGAUGUGAUCAAAGGGGCCAUUUCUCACUUUUCUUUCCUCAUCCUCACUGCCCCUCAAGCUAGGUGGAUUUUCUCUUGUUGACAAAGAGUAUUUGGUAGGGAAAGCAGGUUAAAAAUAAAGACAGCCCUCCCCUGCCCUUUGUGUCCCCUCCCUGGUGACAGCAAGAAACCAUCAACACCAACAAGUUUCCACGUUCCUUUUACAACAAAAGGGACUUUUUAUAUAACCAAAUGUGGUGUUUUAGUGACUUUUUUGAUAAUGUACAGUUUUUUGUGAAUUUAAAUUUAUUUCUUUCUAUAUUUUUAGGACCAAUCUCAUUUUUAAUAAGGUUUAAAAAAAGGAAAAAAAAGUCUAGAGAAAAAAAAACCUUGUUUUUGCCAUGUGAUGUUCCACAGGUGCGGCUGUAGAAAAGUGCUUGUCAUUGAAUAAAAACCACAUUUGAUAAAAGA